GUGAAUGCGGCAUCAAAAGGACACUCGCCUAUCGUAAUAUAUCUACUUACAAAGCAAGAAGCAAAUCCUCUUGUCCGGAAUAUUUGGGGUGAGACUGCAUAUGACGCUGCUGCUGCAGUGUUCGAGAUAUGGAUCUGUGAGAUCCUGCAAAAGUCAGAAGCAGAGCGAUGGCGCGGAACAACUGUCCCAUACAACCCUCUCGCAGUGCACACGACCAUCCCAUUGAUCCUUUACGAGAACCAGCGCCUGGACGUACGACUGAAAACGUUGGCAGUGUCUGGUGGGAAGCCAAAAUGGUCGCACUAUGGCCUUGGGAGGCCGGGUCGACGUGCACUAUUCGAGUUGAAACUGCCUUUCCCAAAUGACGCGGGUGCCACGCUAGUUGCUGCCUGGCGUAGUGGCGUCCUGCUUCCACUCAUCGAAGAUCCUUGGACAUUACCAGAAACAAGCUCCAGGAACGCCACUGAGGACUCUGAAAGAAGUCACUUCUGGCUAUCUGACUGGACAUUGGACUACCCUGGUGUUGAUGUGGAGGCAGCCUGGGAAUAUGCACAGGACUUUUCCUCGCCCGAUGGAGCCUGGACCGCCGAACCGCCCCCUCAGCUCCAGUCUUUACUGAGCGGGAGUGGACUCAUGACAGCUAGCUUGGGCACUCCUUCUAGAAGCCACAGCCGUACAAGCAGCAGCAGCUCAGUGACUUCUGUACACGCGGCCGCACGCGCCCCGACGUGGGUGAGACGCAGACGCUGGGUCCGCGUGAUGCGUCGUAGGCUUGACAUCCCACCUCUACCAUUCCAGGAGCCGGAUGGUGUCAUGUAUAAUCUUGCAUCUGACGGCUCUCUCAUCCCAUUCACUGAGGACGACCAGGGCGAUUUUGGAGAAGGGGAAGGACAAGAACUCGGAGCGAUGACAUCCACAAGACCGUCAUCGGCCCAGGAUUAUGUCUCUCGUGCUUGGUAUCUAGUUGGAACUCAACGAGAUGCUGUCGUCGCCGAGGAAACUUUAUCUGCCGUCGAAGCAAGGCGUGCUAUUGCCAAACUUGAGCGUGCAACUACUGAAUUGCGACAGGGGAUUCUUAGCGAUAGUGAUACAGAACGAAAAACUCAGGCUGAAGUCCUGCUCAAUGCCUAUAGCAGAGAGCUCGAGCGUCGCCGACUCGCAGCUGGUAAUCAAAGAUGGCUUAUCUCGGGCUCAGAUGACGAUUAUAUGGAAGACGACGACGAUGAUGAAGAGUUCCGUUAUCCUGGUUAUACGCCUCCAGGCGCGGCUGUCCACCCAACUUCCGUUUCUCGUCCACCUACGGAUUUGACUCCUCACCUCUCUCAAGCACCUGACUUCCGCGUGCCCACUCAUGAAGCACCUCAGAAAGUUUUAAGUCCCAGGUGGACUGCCCCGACACCUUACCAAGUCCAUGCACAAUGGGAAAGAGAUGAUAUGGUUUCCAAUUGUAAUGAUUGUCGUCGGCGGUUCGGAUUUCUUUUAAGAAGACAUUGUCGCAAGUGUGGUCGGAUUUUUUGUGACCGUUGCUCUUCUCAUCGAGCACUCCUCGAUCCGUCCGUUAUUGUUCGUGACCCUGUGUUCCCGGAAUCCGCGGCAUCCUCUUCAACUCAGCGUGUCUGUCAAGGGUGUCAUGAUGAGAUCAAUGCCAGUCUCCCCACCAGAUUCUCAGGUUCCACCUCGUCCACCAUGGAAAGAAUCGUGGUCGAUCAAAGAAGACUCAUGACUCCUGGACAGCUCCACAGGCAGGGGUCUAGUUCACAACUAAGCGACCUUGCAGAGUGCCCUGUGUGCAGCACUAGCCUUGCAGAUCUUGGACAACCGGCAGAACAAGAAGCCCACGUGAGGAUUUGUCUAGAAGGAGACGCUGAGACGACACCUCAAAGUGCUAAAUAUCUGGUUUAUAAGUUACCUGGCGAAAGCGCACUUCUGGGUGUCGAAUGUGUUAUUUGCCUAGAGGAAUUUACAGAGGGCGCAGUUGUAGCGAGGCUCAGCUGCUUCUGUAGUUUCCACAAUGCUUGUCUGUCCUCUUGGUUGAAGAGAGGUAGAAGCUGCCCCAUUCACGCGCGGUAG